GAAAAAGACAAAGGGGAACAAUGCCCACCAAGAAGAACACGCGACAUAAAGCCUGAAUUUUGUGCCCACAAGCGUGUCGCGCUGCGCGUUUUUAAGGUUGUCUUGCCUCUCUUUUUGUGAAUUUCCUUCUCAUGAAUUUGCCCCGGAUUGUAGAUGUCAUCCAGAUUACAAUCAUCCAUUACACCCUAAUUUCUCCAAUCAUCAUACCUCGACCUCCCAUCAAAAUCCAAAGUCAAGCACAAGCUGGGCAUACACACACACAUAUCGAGAUAUAGAAAAGCCACAUUCAGUCAUUCUCAUCCAAAUCACCUCAUUCAGCACUCAUUUCAAAAGCAAUCCAGCAAAAAUGUACUUUGUACCGCCACAUUCAUCCACACCCCGCUGGAUGCCCGAUGAGCUCACUUCGUACUCGAAUUUGUCAAGCUCAAACUCAUCUGGUAUGGAUGUAUGCGUUGAACAAGGCAUGAACAUGCUGAGCUCCGUUCGAGCAAACAAGCAGAGGAUGAUCAGUACGAUCAAACGAAAGCGUACAGAACAAGAAGGUGCAGAGAUUGGAAGCAGCAGCGGAAGCGAGAAUGAAGCAUAUACCAAUCAUUAUGGAUACGAGAAUACAGAUGCCAGCUCGUUCAACUCUUUUGCAGAACAAGCAAAAAAGGCAAGACUACAUUCACCUUUUCACCUUCAUGGUAUUCAAAAGAUGGGACAUCCAGCACCCGUUCAUCGUAGUGUGAUGGAUGAUGUGGAAAUGGACGAUGACCGUCGGGCAAGCUCAAGUUCACCAACCAGCGAAUCGACUGGAUACGGUAGCAGCAAUGAUUUACAUGAAUGUAUGCAGCCCGAACAAUACUUGCAACUUGCUCUUUCUACACCAACUGGUCAUCCACAUCCAUAUUCCUUCAUGACACAAUCAGCUUCACACGCUCAAUCUGCACCUGCUUUGGUUGAACCGCCGCAAUCACGUCAAGAAUUAGGUGCUGGCUAUUUCGAUCGAGUGAAAUAUUAAAUCAUGCUCACUUAACAAUGAUGUUGAUGUGUUUUUUAGGGACAUGUACUUUUAUUAAUACUUUUCAAAUUUGUAAUUCUAUUCGUAAUCCAGUCUAUCCAUAAAAGAU